AUGGAUCCCAGAUUGGACACCGUUUUCUCAACGAGGGAUGAGAAGGUGCACGCAAAGCUCAAGUCGAUGGAAGCUGGUGGUUACAAUGGGCGCGAUGCACCAGGGCUCGAAAACGAUAUCGAGGAGCGAGUGAAAGAGCUCAUCGACCUCGUCGAUAGGUACCACGGCAAAAGCAUGGACUUCGCCAUGACGGCUAGAUUCUUCACCCUCGAUGUUCUCAGCACAGUUGCUUUCGGCCGCAAAUUCGGGUUCAUGGAAGCCAACGAGGACUUGUGGAAGUACGACGAAGCGAGCGCAGGUUUCAUGAGUGUGAUAGAGUUAAUGGCCAACCACCGCUUGAUCUAUCGUAUUCUAGCAUCUCCAGGCAUGCAAGCUUUGGGAGCGCCUAAGGAUACGGACAAGAAGGGCACUGGUCCCGUGCUGGCUUUCGCUCGUAAAGCUGUUGCUGAACGCUUUGAAAACCCCCACGAUAAGCGUAAGGAUAUGCUUAAUUACUUCAAGGCAAAGGGCCUAAGUCAAGUGCAGAUGGAAGCUGAGGCAUAUCUGCAAAUCAUCGCUGGGGCGGAUUCGACGACCACAAUCCUUCGGUCGAUACUCUACACACUGGUCGGGACACCAAGCGCAUAUAUUGCUUUACGCACAGAGAUAGACGAUGCUGUUGAAGCUGGUGCCAUAUCGACACCUAUUGUGAAGUAUCCCGAGGCGAAGAAGUUGCCUUACCUGACUGCCUGUAUCUGGGAAGGUAUUAGAAUGUACCCACCUGUCUUCGGACUUAAGACGAAGCGAGCACCGCCCGGUGGCGAGACAAUCAAGGGUGUCUAUUACCCAGGAGGAUGCGAUCUGGGCAUGUGCGACGAAAGGAUGAUGCGAAAGAGAGAUGUCUUCGGUUCAGACGCUGACUUUUAUCGACCAGAGCGCUGGAUGGAAGCGGAUCAUGAUACCUACAUCAAAUACAUGCGAGUCGUUGACAUUGUCUUCGGUGCUGGCAGGUUCGUCUGUCUUGGCAAGCAUAUUGCCAUGAUGGAGCUCCACAAGGCCUUUGUCGAGCUGUUCCGACACUUUGAUUGGGCCAUGGCUCAUCCAAUGCAAGGGAUUGAGUCAGUUGCACAGUUGACAUAUACUCAGAGGAACAUGGACUUGGUCGCGGUUAGGCGUGUUUUACCAAUAGCCCAGUAG